AUGUAUCGUGUUGUGAUCACCGGCAUGGGUGCGAUCACACCUUACGGUGCAGGAGUGGCUGUACUUCAGAAAGGAUUGUUGGAAGGGCGUUCAGCACUGAAAUUCUCAGAACAGUUAGGAUUUGUGGUCGGCGCGAUUCCCGAUGACCGAAUACCAGAUUUCAAUCGGUGGAGUGCUGGACAGAAACGAGAAAUGAGCCGAGCUAGUCAACUAGCGUUGUUGGCCGCCGAAGAGGUUAUGUCAACGUCCAAUGCCCAGUCUUUAGACCACAGAGAUACGUUGGUGAAUAUUGGAACUGGUGUUUCUGAUCUUCUAGAAAUUGGUAGGACAGUUGCCUUAGUGGAGAAUAAACAGUCAAGGAAAGUGUCGCCGUACUUUGUACCAAGGGUCCUUACCAACAUGCCUGCUGGUUAUGUGGCUAUGAAAUAUGGAAUGAUGGGCGGUGCAGAAAGUACAGCGACAGCUUGCGCUACUGGACUGCAUUGCAUUGGAAACGCUUUUCGAUCUGUUCGACACGGAUGGGCUCGCCGUGCUAUUGCUGGAGCGGCUGAGGGUUGUGUUAAUGCUGUAGCCUUGUCCGGAUUUGAUAGGAUGCGUGCGCUUUCCCAUGGCAAAGAGCCGUCAUGCAGUCGACCCUUCGAUAAGAAAAGAGAUGGUUUUGUACUUAGUGAGGGAGUUGGAUUGGUGCUGUUGGAGCGAUUAGAGGAUGCUCUCGACAGAGACACCACAAUUUUAGCAGAAGUCCUUGGUUACGGCAUUUCCUCCGACUGUUACCAUAUCUCCAGCCCAGACCCAUCCGGAAUCGGAGCACAAUUAUCUAUGCAGCGUGCGGUGGGUGACGCCAAAGUUAAACCGAACAAUGUGACAUACGUUAAUGCACACGCAACAUCAACCCCAACAGGCGAUUCGAUUGAAGCGCUAGCAAUUCAUCAUGUAUUUGGUGGCAGCAACCCCGCUGUAUCUUCUAUAAAAGGCCACAUUGGUCAUCUGCUUGCUGCCGCUGGCUCGGUUGAAACUAUCGCAACCGUAGCAGCGAUUGGCGACGCGAAACUACCGGCCAACUUGAACCUCGAUGAAUCCGAUGAACUGGAAGUGAAUCUCUUGAGAACGGUGGAAGAAUGGCCGAAACCUCGAACUGCAAUUGUGAACUCGUUUGGUUUCGGUGGAACAAAUGCAAGUCUUGUAAUAACCGAAUACCGGUAA